UAUAUAGGAGAUAUAUCCACAUUUUGACACAAAUCUCAGCAAUCAAUUUACUUAUUUAUGUCACCAAACUUGUUCUGUGUACCUUGUGGGCCAAUAGUCUUAGUACCUUGGGUGUCUCUUUGCCGAUGUCACGGGUUUCUGAGCCCAUUGUUUGUGUUUGAUAAAAGUGAGAUUUCGAACAAGAGAUACUCCAUAUGGGUACGUUAUUCUCAAUUAUCAACUCAAAACACACUUCAAGUGUUUCCAAAAAGGACCUGUACAUUUUUUGAAUUUCACUUAUCUAAUAUCGUUCACUUUUGUUUUAAUGGAUUUAUUUUCUUGAACCUGGAUUUUAUAAAUUCUGUACACUCACAUGUAUAUAUAUAUAUGUAUAUAUUAAACUGUUUUACAAUAUUACAUAUAUGUUUUUCUUAACGAUUUGAAUAUGACUUGCAAAUAGUUUGAGACAACUAAUCAAGAUCAUUCAUCUAUUUAGAUAAUUUUUGAAAAAGGGCGAAAUAAAUGACAUAUAGAAUAAACCUAAAGAUUUCUCUAUCAUGGUUUUCAGUUUCUUAGAACUGGAUAGAGUUUGAAAUAAACGUUAGAAAAACCAAGCGAAGAUAACAUGGUUAUAACAGGAAAACUUAUGGUAAAUCACUUAGAUUUGAAUCUUGGUAGGAACUAAGUUAUAUAUCAUUUGCUUAACUAGAUGAAAUGAAAUGAACCAACGAGUUGUUGGUGUAGUAGUAAAGGAGACACUCCGCUACUCAGAUUCAAUUUUUAUUGGAAACAAUUAUUUAUACUGUUUGGGUUUCUAGGAAAUAGAUGAAACCACAUUUUUCUUACAAAAAAAAGAUGAAAUGAAACAUUGUUUACGCUUCAUUUUUUUUUUUUUAAACUGAGGUUUGGAUUACUUUUCGGCGUCAGCCUCCUGAAGAAUUAUUUGGACCUCUGUCCAGACACCUACAGUUACAAAAGAAAUAUAUAACACUUGAUAUAUUACAUAUGCUUAUUUUAUUAUAAUUUUUCUUUUUAUUUUUCUUUUUAUUUAUUUUAAUUCUUUUUUUAUGCAGAAAUGAGAAAUCCAUCGCCUAUAAAAGCAUUCCUCAAGAUCACGGGCUCUUCUCAACUUCUCUUGUAAACCCAAUCAUAUAAUUUUCACGUUCUUUUGAAAAUGCAUUCCUCUUAUUCUUUUUCUACUUCGUCCACGUUGACAAUCUUAAACAUAUUGGCAUGUCUUGUGCUUAGUGCGUCUCUGUCCGAUGCUCAACUUACCCCUACCUUCUACGACACUUCAUGUCCUAACGUCACUAAUAUCGUACGAGACACCAUUGUCGACGAGCUAAGAUCGGACCCUCGUAUCGCCGCGAGCAUCCUUCGUCUUCACUUCCACGACUGUUUUGUCAAUGCAGGAGGUCCGUCUUGGAGGGUUCCUUUGGGGAGAAGAGACAGUUUACAAGCAUUUUUUGAUCUAGCUAAUGUAAGUCUUCCACCUCCAUUCCUCACACUUCCACAACUCAAAGCCAUGUUUAUAAAUGUUGGCCUCGACCGUCCUUCUGAUCUCGUUGCUCUCUCCGGGGGUCACACAUUUGGUAAAAAUCAAUGCCUGUUCAUUAUGGAUAGACUAUACAAUUUCAACAAAACCGGUUUACCUGAUCCUACCUUCAACACUACUUACCUCCAAACCGUUCGUGGACUAUGUCCCCUUAAUGGUAACCUAAGGGCCUUGGUAGAUUUGGAUCUGCGUACCCCAACAGUUUUUGACAACAAAUACUAUGUGAAUCUCAAAGAACAGAAAGGUCUUGUCCAGACCGACCAAGAGUUGUUCUCUAGCUCCAACGCCACUGACACAAUCCCCUUGGUGAAAGCAUAUGCUGACGACACACAAACAUUCUUCAAUGCGUUUGUGGAGGCGAUGAAAAGGAUGGGAAACAUUAAACCUCUUACGGGCACUGAAGGAGAGAUCAGGUUGAAUUGUAGGGUGGUGAAUUCCAAUUCUAGACUCCAUGAUGCGGUUGAAAUCGUUGAUUUCGUUAGUAUGUGAGAAUAAUGACUCAGUAUGUGGCUGCCAAAUAUGUGUUACAAUAAAUAAAGCGGUCUCAAGAUGUUACUUGGAACAUUGUACUAUAGAUCAGAGUGUUGUCUUGAGCUUUAUUCGAAGAUCUCUUAAGUGAUUUUUUUCGAAUUUGAUUCUUUCUUGAUAUUUAUUUUCAACAAAAACAGUAUGCUAUUUGAAAAAUAUGACAUGACAUAUUUUCUUUAACUUUUUUUUUUUUACUUUGGCAAGAUUUUUGAAAUCUAGUAAUGAUUAACAACUUUUAUAUUACUAUUAAGAGUAUAUUAUAACAUAAUUAGGACAUGCAAAAAAUUUUUUUAUAAAAAUUAUAUUUUUUUUGCAAAUGUUUUGAAAUAUAGUAAUGACUAAUAACUCUCAUAUCACCAUGAAAAUAAAUUGUAUAUCACACUAGUAAUAGUAUAGUUACAAUUAUAAAGUUUCUACAUAACCUUAUAUAUCAUGUUUAUAUAUAUAUAUAGCAACUUAAUUAGAAGUGUGCCUUACCAAGUAAUAAAUCAAAAAAAUACUCAUCAAAUCAAAAUUGUCUUGAUAGAUAAAUAAUUCAAAUUUAUUCAAAUCUAUUAAUCUGUGUAAAUAAUUUAAUAAUUUAAUAAUUAAGUUUUAAUUUUUAAUUUUAUAAAAUAUAUUACUUGAAGUAUGAAAAUUCAUUACAUUAGUUUAAUUAAUAAACUAUUUUUAUCAGUUUAACUAAUUUUAACUAAACAAAUAAAAAUCUAAUUUAUUAUAAUAAUGUUUUCAAACAUAGACAUAUUUCUAAUAUUUUUUUUAUAUACAUAAUUUUUUUUAUUCUUAGAACAUGUAAAUUUAAUUUUAUUGAAAUGAAAAUAAAUGUAAAUAAAAUAAAAUCAAAAUAAUUAAAAUAAAUCAUAAAAUGCAUAUAAUGACAAUUAAAUAAAUAAAUUUAAAAUAUCAAAAGUAACGAUAAAAAAAUUAAAACUAAUUUUUAAUUUAAGAAUUAAAUUAAUUUUUUUUUGAAAAAUUAUAUAUACAUAUGGCACAUGAAAGCUCCUAGUAACAAAUGAUUAAGGAAGUUAAAACUAAAUAACUUAUAUUUUUAAAUUUACAUUUGAAAUAAUUUAUUUUAAAUAAAAGUGUUCAAAGAGCAUAUGGAAGCAAUAGGCAAUAAGAUCACAACUAGGUAUUAUUUUUAGUUUUGUUAUGGUUGGUAUUUUUAACCAGUCGAUAGUACUGACGCACACGAUGACUGGAAUAUUGAUAAGUUUAUUGAAUAUGAAAGCAAUAGGCAAUACGGUACGUAAUGUCAUCACAAAAGCGGCCUAGUAGAGAAGACGUCAUAAGCACAUCAAGUAUUCAAGUUUACAUUCAUCCACCAUUCCUAACAGACAUUGUUACUUUUGUUAUGUAACUUAUCGAAGAAACUCCAAUUUUCUUUGUACUCCUUGAACGUGGCCAGAAUGUCUUCAUUUAACCAUUUUUCUUCUUGAAGAUAGGCUUUGACGUCACCAUCAUCUAAUCAUUAACAUGAAACCAACAAAAUAUCGUUAUAUGUUUUCAGUAUAUAAUGUGUAUAUAAUAUUUAUAAAAAUAUAAUUUGUAAUGUGUACA